AUGUUUUAACAUUUCUCUGUCAUGGAUUGCUGCCAAAAUUGUCUCUGUCAACUUUGGAGGAAACUCUCUUGUGUCAUGUGUUUCCAGAUGUAAGUCACUGCUACUUACUUGCACUGCUGUGCAUCUUUAACCCGGCCAUUAAGUUGCAUUGCACCCUAAUGCACCCGGCUUUAUUAUUUUACUCUGUCUAACACCAGAUGAUUUUACUUGUCAAGGAGAGAGCACCAAAACAAAUCUAUGACAUCACAGGCCAGUAAAAUAUGUUCAAAGAUUGCAGUCACACCAAAGUCAUAAAGCUCGCUGUUCAAAAUAGCUGAAAUCAUUAUUCCAUUGCCUAGGGUUGGGCGAUAUUUUGAUUUAUCGCGAUAUUUUCAAUCACGAUUAUCGUAUCGGAGGUAGAAAGUUGAGCGACGAUAUAUCGAAAUUAUCGUCAUGCUCGAUGACUAUCGUGAUAUUGCUUCGCAUGUGUAUAUAGCAGUUAUAAAAUCCUAAAAAAUUAUUUCAAUUCCCUAGAAAAUAUAGUUUUUAAAAGAAUUAAAACUAUUUCCUGAAUUAAAUACGAAUUUAAUACAAUACAAAAGCUAAUAUUUAUGUAUUAAUCUGCUGAACAAUGGAAUUGCGGACACUGCAUAGGCAGUUCUAUUAUGAACAGUAAAUAUUAGACUAGAAAAAGUAUUAUUCAUAAUUCACUUUACUAAUUUGUUGUUUUAAUAAAAUUAUAUAUAUAAGCUUACUAUGCAAUGAUAUUAAUUAAAAUUGAAAAAAUGUGGUCAUUGUUUUAAUUGCAUUUAUCGCGAUAUUAUCGAAUAUCGUGAUAAUUUCCUUGACAAUAAUCGUGAGACGAUUUUUUAAAUAUCGCCCAACCCUACCAUUGCCUUUAGAAUCUAGCAUACUGUACAAAGAAAAAUAUGAAGUUUUUAGAGUCCUGUGGACUAGCUGUCAAAAAGUUUACCCAGCAUCUUCUUUUCAUAUAAAAUAAACUGAAAUAUCUUCUAACCAAAGAAAGAUAUGAAAAUUUUGUAAGAUGACUUAUUCUACAGUUUAAGGAGUUGUUUCAGUCUAAAUAUUUAAAUUUUGUUGCUCAUACCCUUUAAUCAGAUUAUCUGCCCAUGUGUCUAAUGCUUUAUUAUUUUUACUCUGUCUAAUGCCAGAUGAUUUUACUCAUCAAGGGGAGAAUGCUAGCUGGCACCCAGUGAGUUAAAGCAAUGCUAUGUAUAUAUUUUUGCUAUAUAAUUUUGAAGUAUAUAAUAUUUUUUUAGCUACCAUUGUAUGUAGACAAAAUCUUCCUUGAAAUAGAAGAUAUUGUCCAGCUUGAAAAUGAACUUGAACCAAACACUGCAAUCAAUAAAUCACAACUUUUACAUGAUCUUCUCUUGGUAUGAAUGUUGUCUUGAUCCAUUAGUAUUUUGAUUAUGUAUUUUACACUGUCUAACAUUAGAAUAUUUUACUAGUGAGUGCAUAUAACAGGGAAGCUGUAUGUGUAAAAACCCAGUCAACAUCCAAAUACAAGCUACAGUAAGUGUAGUUUGUGUUUGAUCUCCCUGAAGAAGUUACUACAGACCUUUUCAGUAAAAGUCCUUUGCCUGAAGGGGAUAUGUACUCACCAGUAAUCUCCAGGCAAUGGGUCUUUCCUCGAAAUGUCGAACUGUUUUGAAUUUUUUUCUAAAGUGGUUCAGGACUGUUGUUUCAAACUUAGUCUACUCAUCAGAAGUUUUGGGAUGGUAAAAAUUAAUUGGAGCUCCAUUGGCAUUCACUUGGCCCCACCUUGUUUAUGUUAAUUAAAUUUAGCCUUUAGUGGAGAAAUUUUUUAAUUAAAGAAUUCUACUUUGCUAUACCUAAUCUGUGAUUUCACAAUCGCAUUUGAACCAAAUCUAUCCAGUUACAUACUAAUUUCCCAAAUUUCUAUAUGACAUUUAUGUUCACGUGAAAAUCAGUUGCGCUGCAUGCAGGUCGUCAUGUGACAGCCUUAUUGAAAUGUACCCAGUAUAUAGGCCAAUUUACACUACACAACGUUUGCCUAAAACUGACUGGCGAAUGCAAACUGCUUUCAACUUGAGCUGUGUACUGUGUAAGUCAACACAACUUGCCUACGUUGUCGUAGGUGAGUUGUGUGCUUGAUUUACACAGUCAGUACAACUCAAGUUUUAGGCAAAAGUUGUGUAGUGUAAGUCAGCCUUAUAAAAUCCUGAAAUAACACUUUAAAUCUCUGCUUUAAUUGUUUGCUAUAAGGUGGUGUUAACUGUGUUAAACUGCAUCGAAACUUGCGUGAAGCAUAUUUACGAGACAUUUCAAUGUAUCACCAUCCAGCAAGUCAACUCUCUACCUGGAUCAGUUUUGAUGAUUGUUAAAUCAACAUUUUCUCAUUGCCAGGUUUGUGUAAUUUUAUGUCAUAUUGGGAAUUUUUUUUUGGGAGGGGGGGGGAUACAGUCAUUCAGACCAAAUACAGGCAUAGUUCAAUAGUUGGUUGGUUGAUUAGUUCCUUAAUAUCUACUGAGUUAUGUAGUUAGUUGCUGUAUACAGUACAUCUCUUGCACUUUAAUUACCUGUGGCAAAACAUUGCAUAUAUAUUAUGAAAGCAAAGAGAGUUCUUUAUUCGCUCUACUGAGUAUAUAGCGGUUUGUUUCAAGUUGCUCUCCAGAUGUCAUGUUAUAAGGUCAACUGCAAGUGGGGUCUAUGACAUUGUUUAGUAGGGAACUGACAAGCAAGACUAGGGAAUAUAAUAUUUGGCUGCAAAGAACCAGUGACGAGAACCAAGGUCAAUUCAGAAUUUAGAAUAGAGCAAGGUGUUAGAUUCUACAUUAUAACAGUACUUUAUAUGCAAACAUUUGGCUUUUCAUUAUGCAAAACUCGCCUCUAUAAACACGUGCACAAAGGCACGCUCCUCAGUGAGGUUUUCUGAUCAAUGCGACAAUGCCGUAUAUGUGUAUACAGUACAUGACAUGUCAUGAAAAGUUAUCACAUACCGCACGGAGCGCUUAGGAAGAUCGACGCGCUGUAGCACUAGCCUAGAGCAAAAACAUUGUAUGACUCACUGUUGGCGGAGCUACUGCGAAGAUUUGAGAUUUUACUCAAUAAAAUACUGUUCAGUGUUGUAUUAUCAAAGCUAUCAAGCAUGGAGACCGACGCUGAAUCAUAUAGCAAGUUAGGUAAACCACAAUACGAAAUGGGGAGUGCAUUUAUCCGAGAGCUGGAACUCUCAAAGAGCGACAGAGUUGUAGAUAUGGGUUGUGGCACUGGAGAUAUUACAAAAUUUGCUGCGGAUAUCAUCGAUACAGACGGUAAGGUCAUUGGUGUCGAUCCCGAUGAAGCAAGGAUAAAUUUUGCUCAAGAGAAGUAUAAAGACGCUUCUAAUAUGCAAUUUCGUAUCGGAGACAGUAGAGUAGGAUUUCCACAUCAUAAUGAGCAGUAUUAUGAUUAUCACAUUAGCACGAAUGCCUAUCACUGGCUGACUGACGACGAGAAAUUGCUGUAUUUACAUAAAGCUUAUGAAUGUUUGAAACCCGGUGGUAUACUGGCUAUAUUGUGUGCUGAAAGUGGAUUAAACGACGGCCAACAUAUUUUCCCUGAAUAUUUAACAAUGGAACAGCAUACACAACUCUUCAACAAGCUCAAUUUAUUCACGGAUGUCGUUAUUCAUCGAAGGUUAUAUAGUACGAGCUUUGCUUCAUUUCUUGAAUUCCAACGUUGGUUUGAAUCUGCGGCUUGCCAAGAUUUGGAUGAAAUGCAGCCAGAGUUUUUGAAAAAUGUUUUACCUAAAUAUCUCAAAGAAGAGACGGAUGGGAGUUUUACAAUGCAGUUCCCAAGUUUUAUUAUCAAAGCAAGGAAAUAA